AUGGCAGCCCUGCGGCUCCUGGAGUCUGCGCUCGGGCGCCGGGUCCCCGCCGGCCGCUCGGUGCCCGCGCUGGCGACGGGCAGUGUGUGCGGCUUCGCCAGCAGCGCCCGCGCGCGUGCCAAGUCCUACGCGGACCCCGUGGAGGCCGUGAGAGACAUCCCGGACGGCGCGAGGAUCAUGGUCCGGGGCUUCGGCCUCUGCGCGAUCCCGGAGAACCUGAUAGGGGCGCUGCUCAAGACCCGCGUGAAGGACUUGACCGUGGUCAGCAGCAAUGUGGGGGAGGAGAACUUCGGGCUCGGCCUUUUCCUGGGGACCAAGCAGAUCACCCACAUCGUCUGCUCGUACUUGGUGGAGAACUCGCUCUGCGAGCACCGGUACCUGGCGGGCGAGCUGGAGCUGGAGAUCACACCCCAGGGCACCCUGGCCGAGCGCAUCUGCGCGGGGGGCGCCGGCGUGCCCGCCUUCCACACCCCCACGGCCUGCGGGACCCUGGCCCAGGAGGGAGGCGCACCCAGCACGUACUUAGAGGACGGCCACAUCGCCAUCCUGAGUCCGCCCAGGGAGGUGAGGGAGUUCCACGGACAGCACUACCUUCUGGAGCACGACGUCACGGCCGAUUUUGCUUUGGUGAAAGGGUGGAAGGCCGACCGGGCAGGAAACGUCAUCUUCAGGGCCAGCGCCAGGAACUUCAACGUGCCCAUGUGCAAAGCUGCGGAAGUGGUGGAGUUUGAAGAAAUUGUGGACCUGGGACCAUUUGCCCCAGAGGACAUCCAUGUUCCUAACAUUUACUUAGAGGACAUCCAUGUUCCUAACAUUUACUUAGAUCGAGGAAUACAGGGGGGAAAAUAUGAGAAAAGAAAUGAGCGUUUAACGAUGCGGAAAGAGGAUGAUGAAAUAUGCAAGUCUGCAGAUAGUAUAAGGACACGGAUCCUCAAGCAGGCAGCUCUUGACUUUGAGGAUGGCCUGUGAGCCAGUUUGGGCAUAGGAGUCCCUCUUCUGGCCACCAGCUACAUCAGCCCCACUAUAACCGUUCAUCUUCACAGUGAAAAUGGAAUCUUGGGCUGUCCGUUCCCACUGAAAGAGGAGGUGGACGCCGAUCUCAACAACGCGGGCAAGCACACAGUGACCCUUCUUCCUGGGGGCUGUUUUUUCUCCAGUGAUGACUCAUUUGCCAUGAUUUGAGGGGGACACAUCGACCUAACCUUGCUGGGAGCCAUGCAGGUUUCCAAAUAUGGUGACCUGGCUAACUGGAUGAUACCUGGCAAGAAGGUGAAAGGAAUGGGGGGUGCGAUGGAUCUGGUGUCCAGUACCGAGACCAGAGUGAUGGUCACCACGGAGCACUCCACCAAGGCCAGUGAACCCAAAAUCUUGGAGAAAUGCACCAGACUGUUGACUGGGAAUUGGUGCGUGGACCGCUUUGACAGAGAAGGUGAAAUCAUCACCGAGAAGGCUGUGUUUGACAUAAAAAAAAAGAGAGGACUGACCCUGAUAGAGCUCUGGGACGGCCUGAUGGUGGAGGACAUCAAAAAGAGCACGGGGAGCACCUUUGCCAUCUCCCCGAAUCUCAGACCCAUGCAGCACGUCUAAACCUAGCCGGAAAGUGAACCUUGGUCCCAGAGCGUGUACUUCUCCCUUUAACCUCCUGGAUUGCAUCCUGAGAAAGCCUCAGUCACAUUUCUGCAUUUCACCAGCACCUGGCCGGCUUUCUCCUGCCAUCCCAGACUGGCUGCCACUGGAUAGGCUUUGUUCUCUCGGGAGGGACAUGCCUUUAAUUAAAAACAAAAGGAAAACAGAGGCACUGACCUUAUAUGUCCUGUGAGUUCUGAGAAAGCUCUGCUCCAAUCACCCUCCUCCCUGU